GUAUUAAACAUGGAUAGUGUAUUCCUCACAGAGGCUAAGGCCAAUUCUGUCUUAAAGAGAUACCCACGGGCUAAUGGACUUUUGGAAGAACUUAAAAAAGGAAACAUCGAGCGUGAAUGUUAUGAAGAACGCUGUGAUAAAGAAGAGGCAAGAGAAGCAUUUGAAAAUGAUGAAAAGACGCCGGAAAACGUGGUGGUUCUUAUUAUAUUUGUCACAUGGAGAUGCCUGUUCCAAAAAAAGAGACAUGGACAAUCCAUGUACACACAGAGCAGAAACAGGGAAGUUACAGGUGACAGAGCCAUUCCUGAUGGGAGAAAUCCCAUCCCUCAGUCAUUCAGCAUUCUUCAUUCUCCCCAAGUAGAAAUGUUUGAAGGCAGUGGACGCUCCCCAGGGUACCUGAACUACACAGAGGGACCUAUGGAUUUCUUAGCAAUCCCGUUGUCAAACUUGGAACCACCACCAUCCUAUGAGGAAGUUGCUGGUGAAAGAAGCACAGAGACAAAUGAAUUUGCAAAUCAUUUGGAUCCUCCUCCUCAGUACGAAGACAUUGUGAAUAGUAUUUCAGUACCUCAUGUUAACAUCAAAUGA